AUGGCUAUUGUUGAUAAAUUAUUUUCAUUAAAGGAGAUAACAUCAUCUAAGUUGUCAAAGAACAAUCUGGAGACAUAUUCCCUUCUCUGGCUUGAUUCGUUGGUUGAUUGCAAGGAAAAUAUUGAUGCACAAGUAAAACUUCGAUCAUCAAUCAAUCACUUGGCAGUAUUCAAAGAAACUGAUCAAUGUGAACAACAUAUUCAAUCACUUUCUCAACAAGAUCGAGCUGUCUUGAUUGUUAAUAAUUCAUUGGGUCAACAAUUAGUGCCACGAAUUCAUCAAUUUCGUCAAAUCGUUUCGAUAUUUAUCUAUUGUAAAGAUCAAGAGGAAUAUCAACAGUGGACUAAAUCAUUCAGCAAGAUUAAAAGCAUCAUUGUUCAAUUGGAUGAACUAAUUACUCAGAUUCAAUCUGGACAAAUUCGACGAGUUCAAAAUAAAGUUGAUGAACCGAUUUCAAUUAACAUUUUUAAUAUGAAUAUUGAUUAUGGACAAUCGACAGGUAAACUCAAUGGUGAAUUUGUUCAUUCACAAUUACUUAUUGAUUCUCUUCUUCGAAUGAAAUCGAGUGCGACUGAUAAGAAUGAUCUCGUAUCAUUAUGUCGAAAAGAAUAUUAUGAUAAUAAUACUCAAUUAGGUAUUGUUCAGGAGUUCGAAGAGAAUUACUCAUCCGAUCGAUCAUUGUGGUGGUAUACAAAAGAAACAUUUCUCUAUCGAUUAUUAAAUAAAGCUCUUCGUGUACAGAAUAUUGAUUUGCUUUUUCUUUUUCGAUUCUUUAUUCGUGAUAUCGAACGAGAACUUAAUCAACAUCGAUGCUUAACAUCCCUUCUACUUUAUCGUGGUCAACUGAUGUCCAAUAAAGAAUUACAAGUCUUGAAAGAUUCUAUUGGGCAGCUUAUUUCGAUGAAUUCAUUUCUUUCGACAAGUAUUAAUCGUUCAUUGGCAACUUUCUAUCUUGGUGAGUCUACUGUUAAUGAUGAUUUACAAAAAGUAUUGUUCGAAAUCGAUGCUGAUUGUACAAGACAAGGUGUAAAACCAUUUGCCAAUAUUUCAUUACUGAGUACUAAUGAUGUUGGGAUCAAUCUUCCGAAUUAA